AUGUCUGCUAAUAGUAAUAGUACCAAUACAGAAAACCAUGAUUGGGCGAAGGAUAUCGACUGCAAGAACGUUUUCAUUCACGGGUAUUGCAAAUUUGAGAAUAAGGGCUGUUACUUCAAGCAUCCCUCAGACGAUUCCAUUGAGAAGAAUAAAGAAACGAAAGAAACCAAAUCAUCAGCUCCUUUAAGCUCUGGGACCGAAGAGGGCAGCUCAAUCCGCAAGAAAUUUAGUUUUGAAGCCCCUUCGUUCACUCCAUCUGGAUCUGUUGCCAGUUUGACGAACAAAUUCUCUACAAUGUCACCCAAGUUAGACGAAAUUCCAACAUUUGUGCCAACGAGCCAGCAGACACCCAAAAAGCCACAGCAGGUAAGCGCUGAAAGCAAUGAUUAUUUUGCACCACCAAAUUCAAUGUUUACUCCUUCAGUUCCAUCAGAUAAUAGUCAACCAGGGUUGCCACUGUCAGCCCAAUUCCCUCAACACGGAACAACAGCCCCUCAUAACGUUGUGCCUGAGAUGUUUUAUGCUCAGGCUACUCAGUAUCCUCUGAACUACAAUUUGUAUGCUCCUCCUCCCCCACCUCAUUUCAAUCUCCAUUUGAACCCCAACGAAAGAACAGUGAGUUCGUUCUUCAUAGAUGAUAACCUUAGAGAAUCCUUACAGAAGCGCAAUGAAGCAUGCCUUCAAACUUUCAGCAAUCCAUCGAUACCAGAUAUUGUUGGUGUUUAUCAUUCUCUGGUGCCUCUCAACAAUAACUUUGAUAAUAACUCUGCAAGAUAUGGAGCUGUCAGCCAUAUGUACAAGGCGACUUCCAAUAAGGAUGCCAGAUUAUACGCUUUGAGACGCAUUGAGAAUGUUAACAUUACCGAUAAGCAAGCUUUCAAGACUAUCAAGGCUUGGAGUUCUAUUGAAAAUUCAAACAUAGUUAAGGUACAUGAGGCCUUCACCACAACCGUCUUUGGGGGGAAUUCUCUGGUGGUGGCUUAUGAUUUCUAUGGUAAUGCCAAAACCUUGAUUGAAAUACACUUCCAAAAUCAGCCGGAGUUGAUAACUGAACAACACUUGUGGUCCUAUCUAAUCCAGCUGGUCAAUGCUCUCAACGAAGUACAUGACAAAGGCCUUGCAGUUAGAUCUAUCGAUCUAAGCAAAGUCAUCGUGACGAACAAGAACAGAAUAAAGCUGUCCGGAUGUGGCAUUGUUGAUAUUUUACAACAUGAAAAUACAGAAGAUAUUGCCCAACUGCAAAAGAAAGAUCUAGAAUUGCUGGCCAAAUUGUUGUAUGAUCUUUCUAUUACAUCUAUAUAUGGAUCAGUUUCGUUUGACGAUAAGACACAGGAUCAGAUUAUCGAUCACCUUAAAUUUUCCGACGAUUACAAAGCCACCUUGAAGUAUCUGAUCUCCGCCGAUUUCAACCUAAAGGAAAUUCAAACACGCAUUGCCCCAAGAUUAUUGGAUGUCAUUGAUGGCCUACAAAAUUCUAAUGAUUUUAUUGAAUCUCAAUUGUCGACUGAAUUGGAAAACGCCCGUUUGGUAAGAUUGAUGUCCAAGCUUAGUUUUUUGCACGGUAGGCCUGAGCAUGAAGGUGACCCUAACUGGUCAGAGUCAAGUGCUAACUAUCCUCUUACUCUUUUUGUUGACUAUGUUUACCAUCAAGUGGAUGAGAGGGGUUAUCCAGUUGUCGACCUUGCUCAUGUUAUAACAUGUCUCAACAAAUUGGACGCAGGAAUAGAAGAGAGGAUUUUACUAGUGUCCAAGGACGAAAAGAACUGUAUCAUCAUUUCUUAUAAAGAAUUGAAGACCUUAAUAGAGGAAGGGUUCAAUGAGUUGAGGAUGAGAAAAGACAUUUAG